CUGGUCUCCUCUAUUUGGUCGUUGGUGUCGCCCUUGCUCCAGCUGACUGGCCUGGAUUCCCGGUUAGGAUCCCCGAGCUCUCCCCGGCUGCGUUCGCCGUCGUUUAAAACUGUCUUCCCUGGCUGGGUUUACCGCGAGUGUUUGUGUCAGUGGUGCUCUUGAUUCUGUGUGUCUCAGUAAACAGCAGGCUUUACUGCUCAGCAGGUUUUCUUGCCUCCGUCACAUCGAGAAGCCUCCCUCAGCUGCUAGGCCGCCCCGCCAUCCACGGAUUUGCCUUCACCGCCUCACCGACCAGAGCCAUGGGAGACACAGGCAGCGAACGCAGCAAACCACCAGGCCUCCCGCCCCGCUGCUCCUGCGGAUUCUGGGGGUCCAGCAAGACCAUGAAUCUCUGUUCGAAGUGCUUUGCUGAUGUUCAGAAGAAGCAGCCAGAUGAAGACUCCUCCCCUGGCCCCACCCCCAGCACUAGUAGCAGCCAAUCGGACGUGUUCACGAGUGACAUGAACAGCAGCAGUUCCUCCCCAUCCUUUUCAUCACAGACUGUUAGCAACCCCCAGCCACUCCCCAGCGAAACAAAUGUAGCUUCCUUACCCAGCCAAGAGGAAUGUGUUCCCUGCACAGACACAGCCCAUGGCACAUUAGCAACACCCACAAAAAGGCCCUGCGAAUCAGGGUCUGUGUCCGAGGGCGAGGAGUCACCAGGGAAACGGGCGCGGCUGCAGGAUGACGUCGCUGAGGAAAGCCGUGGAGGCACCAAGCAGAGGAGUCGCCGGCGCUGCUACCGCUGCCAAACCAAACUGGAGCUGGUGCAGCAAGAGCUGGGCUCCUGCCGCUGUGGAUACGUGUUCUGCAUGCUGCAUCGUCUCCCGGAGCAGCAUGACUGCCUUUUUGAUCACCUGGGCCGUGGCCGUGAGGAGGCUAUCCUGAAGAUGGUGAAGCUGGACCGCAAGGUGGGGCGGUCGUGCCAGCGCAUUGGGGAGGAGUGUUCCUGAGUUUGUGUUCUUUCUUUCUUUUUUUCUUUUUCUUUCUUUCCUUCUUUCUUUUCCCUCUCUCUCUCCCCCCAAGAACACAUGCACAAGCCUUAUCCAGAAACACCCAACCCUCGCCCUUCCUCUCUUACCUGAGCUAGCCAAUACACAAACCUUGCACGUUACACCUUAGACAUAGAUUGUAUUUCAGAUUAGGGGUGUAAUGCUCCAGGUGGCUACUUGUAUGAUCAAUAAGAUCAAAUAAUCCUUUAAUGAUGGACAAUUGUUUUUUUGUUAAGACAAACACUAAACGAGCGUGUUCAUACCAACUGUAAAACACACUUCUGCAUUUGAGAACCAUUCGGUGAACUAAAAGGAGCUAUGUUGUGCUUUUGGUCACAAUACAUAUGAUACAUGCCUCCUAUUAUGAAACUGUACGGUAUGUAAUGUAAAGUAUCAGGAUUCAUCGAUAAACAAUUAAUUGUUACAUCCCUACUUAAGAUCCAUAGCUUGUACUUUUUAGGAUUGUUUGAAACGUGAUCCUGAUAUGCUUUUUGGCUGGUCAGUUGAUUAGUGUCCAGUUUUUUUUCUUUUCUUCCAAGAGCCUAAAUCUAUCCCUGCUCUGCUUUCCAGUGCAUAGAAGACAAGUCAUCUGCAGGCAAUGUCUGAAAUGCAGCUCUCUGGUAAAUAUUCUGCUCGCAUCAGACUUUUGUAGAAAAGGUAAUGAAAACCUGGCCUGUCCAACACAGUGCUGUAGCACCCCUGUUGCCGUUCUCAAGUAUUGCAGAUACAUGAAUCUUGUACUUGCAGAGGGUAGCAGUGCCUGUUCAUGGGGGGCCAAUCCAUUCCAUGUUCAUUGAUGUAAUAUAAAGUACUGUAGGAUCUGGUCAGAUUUAAUUGGUUCAUCUUAAUUAUUAAGUGCAUGAUUGGGACAGACUAGGCAGUUUUAAUCUGAGGAACUUGUAGGUAGUGUUUGGAGCUGGGGGACAGGGACUUUCCUAGUACAGUACUUGGAAGCAGUGGUCAGAAUUGCAGGUCUGGCUGGCCAUGUAGUCCUGGGGGUUAAAAGCUGACACACUGGAAGGCAUGUGGAUCUUACUGGUUAUAAUUCAUGGACAGGGAGAUAGCAUUUUGAAGUCUUGACUCUUACAGUUAAUAUUUUAAACUAUGAAGGAAAAGGAGAAUAUUAACAUGAAGAAGAAUCCCAAUGGUCUAUAAAGUCAAGGUACUGCUAAGCGGUUUCUUAUCACUGAUCUGUGGUAUAUUGUACAUGCAGACCUUGCUCAAUAGGAGCAGUUAAGGGGUCAGGAAUCACAGGUAGCGCUGGCUGGUGUAAAAGCAUCAGAAUCUCAUUGACAAACACACACAUACCCACACACAUCCAGAAUACCAAUGAUGUCUCUUAUUGGCUAGUUCCAGGUACCUUGGGUUAUAAAUAAGAAGUAAUAAGGCUUCUUCUGGUGACCACAGUUGAACUUGGACAGACAGACAUCAUACUUUAGGAUGGGCAAUAGACACUUUGUGGCAAAGCAGGACUGGGGACCCCUGUAGGAGACCUGUCUUUACUUGUGUGUGUGUGUGUGUGUUAGGGGGUGUUCUAUUUUGGGGCGGCUAAGGGGACUCUUAAGUGCUUCCUGGGGCUCACCCUGUUUGUUAGAAACUGCAACAUCAAACAAAACUGUUAAUGUGUGUGACUUUAAAGAUAUUUUACACAAACUUCCUCCUUUUACAUUUGUGCUCUUCAGUUGUUGAUUAUUAUUAUUAUUAUUUCUACAACAGAGGCCAGUGUUGCGGGAAAUUAAAACCUAUAUAAUUUUUUUUUUUUUUUCCAAAUACAAUAUGAAUGAAAACAUAAACACAAAUUUGAGCUGAAAAUCUAAAGUUGUGAUUUUAUUCAACAUGCAAAAUCACUGUGCCUCGGGGUAUGCAGACCGAAAUGGUUAGACUGAGCUGAGAGCACUGUGAGGGACACUGCAGCUGCUCGCUCCUUGCUCUCCUUCUCCCUUGUCUGCCCUCUCCUUCCAACUCUCCCUCACCCUUUCACUCUGCAUCUCUCCACCCUUCUCCUUUGUCAAUGCCUGCCCUCUCCUUCCACAUCUCCAGCCUAUUUCCCUCCCCCUACCUCUAGCCCUUUCACUGUCACUAAAUGGUAAGGAAAGGGUAUUAUCAUGGCUUCAUAUUUUUUUCUCUGUCUGCCCUCCCCCCUUUUUAAAUCAUAGUAGAAGCACCCAUCAGCAGUCUCUACCAGAGCGGUGUACUUGGUUUUGCAGAUUGAUGUGUAUCAUCACUGUUUGAUUUUGGGACAUCCACUCUUAUUAAAUAGCUUGUGAUUAAGAGAUAAGGAAGGAAGGGAGGGAGAGAGGGGAGGGUGGAAGGUGUAAGGGGGGGGUGGGGGUGGCCAAGGAUUGUAGGUUUCUUGUCUUUUAAGAGUGGAGCUGAGAUACAGUCUGCUGCUUCUCCAUCCCAGUCAGAGCGUGAACCGGUGGGGGCUGAGAUGGGAAGCUGAUAUUAAUGUCAUGGGUGCAUUUAUUUUAAGAUUUGUUCUCUGGUUUAAAGUGAAGAAAAAGAAAAGAAAAAAUAUCUUGUAUCUUAAAUAAAACCUUAUUUUACCGUUUUUUGUGUUUUCAGUUUUACUUACACACCUAGCAUAGAGCUUAACUUUUUGUAAAA